AUGAAGAAUUCGUGCAUCAUUCUAAGGAGACUGCUGCUGUCUGGGACCUUUCUCUUCGUGCCAACCUUGAGCUACAACCUGGACGUGCGGCACGCACAAAAUUUCUCCUUCCAGGACGCCGGGAGGCAUUUUGGGUACCGUGUCCUGCAGGUUGGAAACAGGGUUGUCGUAGGAGCUCCAGGUGAGGGGAACAGUACAGGAAACCUCUAUUGGUGCCAGUCAGACACUGGACACUGCCUGCCAGUCAGCCUGAGUGGUUCCAACUAUACUUCCAAGUACUUGGGAAUGACCUUGACGACAGACCCGACAAGUGGAAACCUUUUGGCCUGUGACCCUGGGCUGUCUCGGGUAUGUGACCAGAACAUGUAUCUAAGUGGCCAGUGUUACCUCUUCCCCAAGAAUCUGGGGAGCCCUGUGCUGCAAGGACGCCCUGGUUUUCAGGAAUGUAUCAAGGGCAACGUAGACCUGGUAUUUCUGUUUGAUGGUUCAAGGAGCAUGCAGCAAGAUGAAUUUCAGAAAAUUCUGGACUUCAUGAAGGACGUGAUGAAGAAACUCAGCAACUCUUCCUACCAGUUUGCUGCUGUUCAGUUUUCCACAACCUACAAAACAGAAUUUAAUUUCUUGGAUUAUGUUAAGCUGAAAGACCCUGAUGUCCUGUUAGCCAAUGUGAAACACAUGCUCCUGUUGACCAACACCUUUGGUGCUAUCAACUAUGUCGUGACAGAAGUGUUCCGGGAAGAGCUGGGGGCCCGGCCAGAUGCCACCAAAGUGCUCAUCAUCAUCACAGACGGGGAAGCCACUGACAGGGGCAAUAUUGACAAGGCCAAAGACAUCAUCCGCUACAUCAUUGGGAUUGGGAAGCAUUUUAGGGCAAAAGAAAACCAGGAGGCACUUCACCAAUUUGCCUCAAAACCCACAAAGGACUUUGUAAAGAUUCUGGACACGUUUGAGAACCUUAAAGAUCUGUUCACGGAUCUACAAAAGAAGAUCUAUGACAUUGAGGGCACAAGUAAACAAGACCUGGCAUCCUUCGACAUGGAGCUCUCGUCCAGUGGGAUCAGCGCUGACCUCAGCAGGGGCCGUGGAGUCGUGGGGGCAGUUGGAGCCAAGGACUGGACUGGGGGCUUUCUAGACCUGAAGGCAGACCUGCAGGAUGACAUAUUCGUUGGGAAUGAACCACUGACGCCGGAAGCCAGAGCGGGAUACUUGGGUUACUCAGUGACUUGGCUGCUGUCCCAGGGACAAACAUCGCUGCUGGCGGCUGGAGCCCCCCGGUACCAGCACAUGGGGCAGGUACUGCUCUUCCAAGAGCCAAAGGGCAGAGGACACUGGAGCCAAGUCCAGAAAAUAGACGGGAACCAGAUUGGCUCUUAUUUUGGUGGGGAGCUGUGUGGCGUUGACGUAGACCAAGAUGGAGAGACAGAGCUGCUGCUGGUUGGAGCCCCUAUGUUCUAUGGGGACCAGAGAGGAGGCCGAGUGUUCGUCUACCAUAAAAAACAGCUGGAGUUCAAAGUGGUCUCAGAACUGCAGGGUGAUCCUGGCUACCCCCUUGGACGGUUUGGAGCAGCCAUCACUGCCCUGACAGACCUCAAUGGGGACAGACUGAUGGACGUUGCUGUGGGAGCCCCACUGGAGGAGCAGGGGACUCUGUACAUCUUCAAUGGGCGACAUGGUGGGCUCAGCCCCCAGCCAAGCCAGCGGAUAAAGGGGAGCCAGGUGUUGUCGGGAAUUCGGUGGUUUGGACGCUCCAUCCACGGGGUGAAGGACCUUGGAGGUGAUGGCCUGGCGGAUGUGGCUGUGGGAGCACAGGGUCAGGUGAUCAUACUGAGAUCACGGCCAGUGGUGGAUGUCAUCACCACUAUGGCCUUCUCCCCAGCUGAGAUCCCAGUGCACGAAGUGGAGUGCUCCUACUCAGCCAGUAACAGGAAGAAGGAAGGGGUGAACAUCACUGUCUGUUUCCAGGUGAAGCCUCUCCUCCCCGAGUACCGAGGGCGCCUGGUUGCCAAUCUCACCUACACCCUGCAGCUAGAUGGCCACAGGACCCGAAGCCGGGGGCUGUUCCCGAGUGGGAGACAGGAGCUCAGUGGGAACACGGCUGUCACCCCAGACAGAUCCUGCUUUGAAUUCUGGUUUCACUUCCCGGUAUGCAUUCAAGACCUCAUCUCUCCCAUCAAUGUCUCCCUAAAUUUCUCUCUUUGGGAGGAAGAAGGGAUGCCGGGGGACCACAGGAUGCAGGGCAAGGACAUCCAGCCCAUCCUGAGACCCUCCCCACACUCGGAGACUAAGGAGAUUCCUUUUGAGAAGAACUGUGGUGAAGACAAGAAAUGUGAAGCGAACCUGGAGCUGUCUUUCUCCUCCACCAGAUCCAGAGCCCUGCGUCUGACCCCCUCGGCCAGCCUCUCUGUGGAACUGACGUUGAGUAAUAAGGGCGAAGAUGCCUACUGGGUCCAUCUGGGCCUCAGGGCCCCGCAUGGACUCUCCUUCCGCAAAGUGGUGAUGCUUGAGCCCCACAGCCAGAUGCCUGUGAGCUGCGAGGAGCUUCCUAGGAAGACUGGACUUCUUACCAGCACCCUCUCUUGCAACGUGAGCUCUCCCAUCUUUAAAGCAGGCAGCUUGGUUGUGAUCCAGGUGAUGUUUAAUACGCUGCUGAACAUCUCCUGGGGGGACUUUGUUGAGCUGCACGCCAACGUGAGCUGUGACAAUGAGGACUCAAGCCUCCUGGAGGACAACUCGGCCACCGCCAACAUCCCAGUCAUGUACCCCAUCAAUAUUCUCACUGAGGACCAGGAAAACUCCACCCUCUACAUCAGCUUCACCCCCAAAGGUCCCAAGAUACAGCACGUCCAGCACAUCUACCAGGUGAGGAUUCAGCCUUCAAUGUAUGACCACAACAUGCCCGCCCUGGAGGCCUUGGUUGGGGUACCACAGUCUCACAACAAGGGGCCCAUCGCACACAAGUGGAGCGUGCAGAUGGAUCCUCCUGUCUCCUGCCAUCAUGAGGCUCUGAAGAGGCUGCCCAGCAGUGCUGAGCCGUGCCUUCCUGGAGCCAUGUUCCAUUGCCCAGUUGUCUUCAAACAGGAGACCCUCAUCCAAGUAAUUGGAACACUCGAGCUCGUGGGAGAGAUUGAGGCCUCCUCCAUGUUCAGCCUCUGCAGCUCCCUCUCCAUCUCCUUCAACAGCAGCAAGCAUUUCCACCUCUAUGGCAGCAACGCUUCCCUGGCCCAGGUCGCCAUGAAGGUAGACGUUGUGUAUGAGAAGGACAUGCUCUAUCUCUACGUGCUGAGUGGCAUCGGGGGGCUGCUCUUGCUGCUGCUGAUUUUCUUGGUGCUGUACAAGGUCGGCUUCUUCAAACGGAACCUGAAGGAGAAAAUGGAGGCUGACGUAGGUGUCCAAAAUGGAAUGCCUGGAGAGGGCUGUGAGAAGUCAGCGUCUAAGGAAGAGGCCGCGGAUCCAGGCUGCCUGGAGCCCCUCCACGAGGAAGAGACGCAGGAUGGAGAGGCAAAGACUGAGGCCUAG